CUUAAAUCUAAUCCAUGCUCAAUGGACCAUCGGUACAGUGGUUAAAUUUAGUAAUUUAUUACUUGAAUAAUACAGGUUUGAAUUUUAUUGAAUAUUUCGAACCAAUUAGUUUAUACAGCUCGUAUUAUAAAUUAGCAUUGGUUGAUUUACGAUUUGCUUUUUCCUCACACGCACACCCUACGAAAUCCCUAUUUGCUUUUCUGUUUCGUCUCUCUCAGCUCUCUCUCAUCUCCUCUUUCUCUCUCUUCCCCGUUUUCUCUCCUCAUUUUCGCUCGUGUUUUUAGCGUCAGCAUCAAUAUUUCGAUUGACAAAAGACUAGAUUUUGAUCGGUCGUUUCUGGAUUUUGAUCAAUGAGGAUCGGUGAUAAACUCAUCGAUUAGGGUUUCGAUUUAGGGUUUGUACGCAUGUCAAGGAUGUAGUUCAGAGAGAGAAGGAAAUUUCUCGACCGGUGUUUUGUUUGGCAUUUAUUGGAUCCUGUGUGGGGAAUCCUAAUUCGGCAAUCGUCCUGCGUUUUAUUCGGCGAUUGUGCGCAGUUAGCGUUUGAAAGUUGAAACUUAAGGAAGUUUGGGCUGAUUUUGGAUUUUUCGAGUUAUUUCAUUGAAACGUUUGCCAUGGAUCAUGUUGUGGGUGGAAAGUUUAAGCUUGGGAGGAAAAUUGGGAGUGGUUCAUUUGGUGAACUCUAUUUAGGUGUAAACAUACAAAAUGGGGAAGAAGUUGCUAUCAAGCUGAUCAUAGGUUCGGAGUCAGUCCCACCAGUCUCCACAUUGUGAACAGAUUAGCUGGCUGUCCACCACCGCCGGUAGGCUGCUUAAUGUGGUGGAAACCAUUGUUCAGUGGUCCAAGAACAAUGAGACAUGGUAUCAUCCCAAGCUAUUUCGAUUCUGGAACGAGUUUCAGCUGCUGCUUGGAAUUCCAGCAUGAGGCGAGCAGUCAACCAUGGUGAUGCUCAAAACGCCCUUCUCCUUUUUCGCCAAAUGAAGCAACAGUCUCAUGCACGCCCCGACAACUUUACUUUUCCCCUCAUUGCAAAAGCAUGUGCGAAACUCUCAGAUCUCAUAUGCUCGACAAUAAUCCAUGCAUCUGUUGUCAAAACACCCUAUACUUCAGAUAUGUACGUACAGACUGCUUUGGUUGAUAUGUACGUGAAGUGCGGUGAUUUAGAGUGUGCCCAUCAACUGUUCGACGAGAUGUCCGUUAGAGAUGUAGCUUCCUGGAAUGCAAUUGUUUUGGGGUUUGCUCAAAUGGGUUUCUUUGAUAGAGCUUCGCUGUUGUUUAACAGGAUGAGGGUUGCUUGUGUAAUCCCUGAUGAGGUUGCUAUCAUGGGGUUGACGCAGUUGGUGUCUGGACUGAAGGAUGGGAGAUGGUUGAGUGCUGUUCAUUGCUUGGGGAUGAAGUGCGGGUUUGGAGAUGAUGUCUCGGUUGCUAACACCUGGAUUGCUGGCUACGCAAAAUGUGGUGAUUUGUGCUCAGCUGAGAUGGUAUUUUGUGGCAUUGCUUUGGAGCAUUUGAGUGUCGUCUCGUGGAAUGCUUUGAUUGCUGGAUUUGCUUACUUUGAGGAACCGGUGAAAGCUAUAUGGGUCUAUCAGCGGAUGAUUAGUAAUGGAUAUAGGCCUGAUUUGAGUACUGUUCUUAACUUACUUUCAUCUUUCGUGCAGCCUAAUUCUUUACUUUGUGGCAUGUUAAUUCAUGCUCAUGCAGUAAAACUGGGCUGUGAUAUGGCUAUCACCUUGCUUAAUACCCUUGUUUCUAUGUAUUCAAAGUGUGGAGAUAUUGGUUCAGCGAGAUACAUAUUUGAUUUCAUGGAUGAGAGAUCAUGUGUUACUUGGACUGUUAUUAUUGGUGCGUAUGCAGAAAAAGGUGAUCUGGAUGAGGCCUUAUCCUUGUUCCACAGUAUGGAAGCUGCUGGUGACAAACCUGAUAAGGUUACCUUUAUUCAUCUUUUAGCAGCCUGUGGCAAAGUUGGAGCCCUUGAGGUUGGAAAAUGGAUUGAUAAUUACGCCAUCUCAAAGGGGCUAAAGAAUGAUAUAUUGGUCUGUAAUGCGUUGCUAGACAUGUAUGCAAAAUGUGGAAGUGUAGGCGAUGCUCAUAGGCUUUUUUUUUCAAUGAAAGGGAAGAAUGUUGUCUCUUGGACGACUCUAGUCUCUGGGUUUGCACUUAAUGGGAAGUUUCAAGAGGCGUUGGAUCAUUUUAAUGAAAUGUUGAAGUUGGGUUUCAAACCAAACCAUAUAACUUUCCUUGCUGUUCUUCAAGCCUGCACUCAUGCUGGUCUGUUAGAGAAAGGAUGGGAAGUUUUCAAUUUGAUGACUAAUACAUAUCGCAUAGUUCCCGGACUUGAUCAUUACGCUUGCAUGACUGACCUCCUUGGACGCCGAGGAAAGCUGAAAGAAGCAUUGGAGUUUAUUCAGGACAUGCCCAUUAAACCAGACUCUUGGAUUUGGGGUACUUUGCUCAGUGCCUGCAAAAUUCAUCACAACUUAGAGAUUGCUGAGCAUGCAGCAUACCAUCUUCUUCAACUAGAACCACACGCUGCGGCUCCUUACGUAGAAAUGGCUAAUAUAUAUGCAUCAGCAAGAGACUGGAACAGGGUAGCUUCUAUGCGUAAGAAAAUGAAGAGCAAGCAGGUGACAAAAUCCCCUGGGCAAAGUGUCAUACAAGUUGAUGGAAAAUGUUGUUCGUUUACAGUAGAAGAUAGAUGCCAUUAUGAAGGGUUGCAAAUAUUUGAGACUUUGGAUUGCUUAGUCCUGCAGCUAAAAGAUGAAAAAGAUUUGUUAGCUCUCGAGGAACUCAUGUCGUGACUCAACCUUGGCGUGUUAGUGAUUGGUUUGCUCUACAGGGUUUAGCAUGCAUUACGUGAUCCAUCACUCCUGUCUUGGAGAUGAAAACGAGUUCCUUCUUUCUCCACGGCAUUAACACAAAAUACCAAAGAAAUAAGACGCCAUUUUUGAUAGUUUACUAACUGCGGAUUGGAAAGUACAGAGAAAUCGACAUGUAGAAUCCAAUGUUGUGAAAUUGUAAUUGAAACGCAAAAAAAUGAUUUUGAUUAUGUCUCAACCCAUCAUUUCUGCACGCAGUCGUGCAUCACCGUAUCUAACAGCAGAUGUUAACACAAUUAUCAGACAAGAUUGAGGUGCCCGCAAAUUCACUGGAACUCUACCCGUGUUACGUUUGAGGCGAAAGUGUUGAGUUUUCAGAUACGGAUUUUUGUGGAGUAUAAGAGAAGUAAUUUAUUGAUCAA